AUGUCCACCCUUCCCAAUCUAGGGAACUUUUCGCCGCCGAAUCAGUCCAAUGGUACGAAGCACAUGAACCUCUUUACCAGCCCAGAUACUCUUUCUCAGCUCCCGGGCUUGUCGCCUACCAGGGACAGACGCAACAACCACAGGAACUCGGAGCCCUCAGACGCUCUUGUCCGGUGGAUGAUCCGCAUUCGACGCCUUCCUCGCCAUUUCACCGACGACGCUCUUGGCAAUCUGCUCAUCUUCGCAAAGGAUAUCGACGACACAAAGUUCGUACAGCCAUCCGACCAGUCGACCGGAGAAGACUCGGGUUUCUCCAGUGCUAUUGCUAUCUUCCACUCCGAGGCCGGUGCUAUGGAAGCGAAAGAAUGCCUCGACGGCAAGACUCUGAGUGGUCAUCAAGCACCCAUGAUCGUCGAGGUCAUAUCCCCUACCCCGGCCAACUACAACGGAUCUAGGCGCAACACCGUCGACGGCACAGCAAUUCGACAGCAAACCAUCUCCGGUGCCUCGAACAACCCAAACCUUUCCGAGAACACUUUGAGUCGUCAGUCGUCUCGCUUCACCAGUACCUGGCAGAACAUUCCGUCACAGAACGUUACUUCGCCACUCACCUCUCCGCUUGUCUCCACUGCAAAUGUCUUUGACUUCCCUGCUCCCGAUGGCAGUAAUCGCCUUCAAGGCCUCUUCUCACCCCAGUCUCCUGUUGCCAACGCUUACAGUGACUUGAACCGAGUCUCUGGCAAGUCUGUCAUCAACGCUGGUCAGGAUGACGACGAGACAGGCGAGCUCCUCAAGGAUCCCGUUGGGUAUGCCCUAAACGGCCGCAACUACGACAGUGUCUUGUCUAGCUUCAACAAUCUUUCUCUCGAUACAAGCCGUACGAACGGAAAUUCCUACUCCAGCUACGUGGCCUCUCCGUCAAGUCCGAACUACGCUUCUCCGCACUCAGUUCGAUCUCCAGCUUUGCCCGGCCCAGCCAGGGCUCCAACUGCAAGCUCUGACGGGACCUAUCAGACAAGGAACCUGAAGCACGAUUACCCCCCGGCAAACCCGGCCGACCAGAAUCCCCCUUGCAAUACUCUUUACGUUGGCAAUCUUCCAGUCAAUACCAGCGAAGACGAACUGAAGUCUCUGUUCUCCAAGGCUAGAGGAUUCAAGCGACUUUGUUUCCGCACAAAAUCGAACGGGCCCAUGUGUUUUGUCGAGUUUGAGGACACUUCUUACGCAUCUCACGCGCUGCACGAGCUAUACGGAGUUCAGCUGCACAACAGUUACAAAGGAGGUAUCCGGGUCAGCUUCUCCAAGAACCCAUUGGGGGUCAGAAGCGAUAAUAGGAAUCAUCCCGGGAUGGGUCCUCACGCUGGUCCGCCCGGAUAUGGUAACGGUAUGCCAGGUUCAAACUUCGGCGCCGCAGCAGGUCCACCUCCAGGACUUCCUGGUCUGCCAGGUCAACAAACUCAUGUGGCCCCUCCUAUGCACAACAACGCAGGACGAGGAGGCUAUGCUCCUCAAUCUUUGUACAGGGCAUCAAGUCCUUACAACCACAACUAUUCCCAGCAAGGCCCGACUGGCCCGAACGGCUAUCACCCGGCUUCCCGCAACCUCUCUGCUGGUCAACACUCAUACCAACAGCAAUUUGGUAGCAUGAACAGCUUCCUGGACCAGAACCCUCCAGUCAACGGCAACUCCUACUCUAACGGCAACGGUCAAAACGGGUUCAACAGCCAUAAUGGAAGAUAG